GAAGCAGAGAGAAACGGUGGACAGUGCUCAUCAAUAGAUACACGGAUAAAAACAAGGCUAUAUGUUAUACGCUCUGGCUACUGGAUAUUUACAAUUGUUUUAAAGUAGCCUAACGUGAUACGAGGAUUUUUUAUUUGGAAGAGAGAGGAUAUUGUUUUUGCGACGGAGUGGCCUUGCGCAUCAAGAUACCAUAUCCACUGGAAUGUUAUCGAGUAAAUGACUUCGAUUUGACUUGUGAAAAAGUGAAAAGUAUCAGCCUACAUAGCCUACUUAUGCUUUCAAGUGGAUAGCCUACAAAUAACGGUCGCGUUAGACGUUUGUCGUAUUUCACUAGAGCGAAUUUAACCACGUUAUCCAAUUUUGGCAGUAUACUGUAAAAGCUGCUGUUUGUCUGCCAAAAUAUGACGGAAAACAGCGAGAAGGAGAAUGAACCGCAACACCGGGACCUCCAUCGUUGCCCGAGCACUGUGCCUAUUCAGCCCGAAUCAAAGCUUCAGCGACUAAAGCGCUCCUUGUCCUUCAAGUCACUGAUGCGCAGCAAGAGUGUGGACAACUUCUUCCAGCGCCCCAGCAACGGGGAAGUCCGCCUGCCCUCUGGGAUCAUCCACGAGCCUCCGCUGCCCUCCUCGCCACCACCCUUCGGGGAGACGCCCCUGACCUGCGAGCGCUCACCCUCCCUCUCCCUGUCGCUCAGCCCCAACCCCUCGCUUUCGUCCCACUCGCCCUCCCUCAGUCCCUCCCUCUCCCUGACCUCCAAAGCCCAGCUCCAGGGCCAGCUCCAGGGCCAGCUCCAGGCCCGGCUAGUGAAGACCCACUGUUUCCAGGAGCACGUCUUCCGCCGGCCCACCUGCUGCCAGCAAUGCAAACACGUGAUCCAGGGGAACUCCAAGCAGGGUCUACGCUGUAAAGCCUGUAAGCUGGGUGCCCACCUCUGGUGCUCCUCUGAGCUGUCCCAACAGCCCUGCACAGGAAAGACGGGGGCCUUUAAACGAAACUUCAGCUCCCCUCUCUUGACUAACGAUAUGUUAGGGGUGGUCAAGGAAGCUCUACCAUCGCAAGAGUCUGAUAAAGGGGGAGUUGACCCUGUGUAUGAGGCCCUGCGUUACGGGACGUCGCUGGCACAGAUGAGUCGCUCUAGCUUCGGAAGCAUCACUGAGUCCCCCAUUCAUGAGGUGGAGAGUGUAUGGGAGGGACUGGAAACACAACCAAUCAUUGAGGAGGAGUUUGUCCCAGAGACUGAGACUGUCAAUCCUUCUGAAAGUGAGAAGGCCGAUUCGGAGGACAGGGUCAGUCUGAAGACUCCAAAGCGCAUCGACGUCCACUCCGUACACACCUACGUGGCUCUGUACAAGUUCAUCCCUCAGGAGAAGAAUGAUCUGGAGUUACAACCUGGCGAUCGAGUGCAAGUAACUGAUGACUCCAAUGAGGACUGGUGGAAGGGGAAAAGUAAAGACAAGCUGGGUUUCUUCCCCGCCAACUUUGUACAGAGAGUGCGCCCAGGUGAGCGUGUGUGGAAGGUCACAGGUGGUUUCCAUGGUGACCGUGACAGAGGGCAGAUGACUGUGAAAGAGUCUCAGAUCUGUGUGGGGAAGAACGAAGAGCUGGACGGUUUCUUAAAGCUGAGCAGUGGGAAGAAGAGAGGUCUAGUCCCUUCCAAGUACCUUGUGGAGAUAUGACUUCCGUAAAAGAGGGGAACUCUCUGUUUCCCGACCCUCGUUCUGCCCUGAAGACCACCCUCUAUCAGGAGUGCUUCCCUAACACCUCACCGACUGCCAACUCUCUGGAUGUGGAAAUGGACCCUCCCACCACCACCAGAAAACAUAGAGAGGGAGGGAGAAUAUGGUGGACGCUGGCCAGGAUAGAUUUGAUUUCACUGCUUUGCUUGGAGUGGUGGAAUAUUUUUGAGAGAAAGGAGGGGGAGAGCUUCUGUUGAGCUAGCUGCUUUACCUGUGGUGUAUCCUCACACUCUUUCACCUGUUCACGCACACACACACACACACACACAUACACUGCACAAAGACACUGACGCUAACAAUGGCCCUGGAGCUUGGGGGGCGUGACUGUAGCAGGCAGUGCUUGUCUGAAAAAUUUAUGGAGACUUUACAAUCUACACAGGCUUCUGCUUGAGCCAAGGGGGAGAAGACUGGCAGUUUUUCGCUGUGUGGUCGUGUGACCUUUUGGAUUUCAUGUGAAAGUGAAAUUUGGACGUUUUUGUGAGUCCAAGUUCUGUAGCAUUUUAUUGUAGCAGCUUGUUGCGACAAAGCUCUUUUCCUUUGAGGUUGUCCUCCAAGCCAGAUAUGGUAUAGCCGCAUUCCCUGUGGCACCGAUUAUUUAGCACAUUGGGGAAAACCAAAGUGGGUAGGUGGUGGGGGUAGAAGGGAGCCUCAAGGGCCUUAUGCUUGAUUUGUGGAUUUUAGAUUGGACAAUGUAAUUGAAAGUGUACUGUUGAGUUGAGUAAAAUGUAUUGAUGCAUGCUUCACUCACUCCCUGACUGGUGGGAGGUUCAGGUCCUAACAUUUCAUCUUUGCUAAACCCCUUCUUUGCUUUACAUUGGUCUACCCUGUUUCACAAUUUGUUUAGCUAAAGGGCUAACAGGUUUUUUGGUGCAAAAUGGCUGCCGUGGCAUCAUCCAGGUGUGUGCUACACAUACCUGUAGGUGGUGGAGGAGGUUUAAAGUGCUCUGAGCAUCUGGAAAAGCGCUAUAUAAAUCCAAUCCAUUAUCAUUAAUUAUCUUUACUAUUAGGAAGGGUUUAGCCAGGAAAGUGAGGGAGACAGACACACAUGCUAAUCGGGACCUCUCUCCCUCUCCCCCUCUUUCUUUCCCCCACCUCUUUGUCUGUCACACAUUCUCUCUGUCUAGCACUCUCUCCCGCUCUGUGAUCACUAAAGGCUUAGAGCUCUGUGACUGCAGCAGAGGUCACAGCGGUCACAGCACUGAGACAGUGUAGCAUGAUAAGACACUCAGACACAAGGCUUAACCUAAACAUCAGAUUUCUCCCUCUAUAUGGGCUCCUCCAUAGGCCUCUGGAUGUCAGCCAUUUUCAUAACAUUUUAUAGUAAGUUAGUAAAACAUUAUUGUCAUGGAAUGUGUUGGGAUGCAACGACCCGACAAAUUUUUUUUUCACAUGUAUGACGUCCUCAGCCCUUUGGGUGAUGCUUGUUUCCAUGUUGUGUUUUUUUUUUCUCCAGAGAGAUAGUCUACAUGUAGUGUUGAAAUAUACCAUUGUAACACACUUACGUAACUGCCUAGGCCGGACAAAUUAUGUUUUUGUGUAUCCCGCUGAAUUGAGAGUGGAAUGUCUAUGAAAUCACUGGUUAAAACGUCCUGUUGAUGUCAUUACUUCAUUUGCUGAUUCACUCUAGGGCAGUAGCAGUCAGAAGCUGUCUUGGCAAUAACCACUCGUUCGUAUGAAUAUAUGUAAAUAGAACUAUGGAGAAACUGUUGUAUGUAUUCAGUUAUCAUGGCAUUAACCAUAUGGUCAAAGAGUUCACUGUUUUUGGUAAUGGCAUUUAUUCCAUACCUAAUAUAUCAGCAUCAAGACUGAACAGCACAACCCAACCACAGGACUUUGCACUCUACCCGUUCUAGUCACUAUAUCUGUACAUCUGAUUACCCCUCAGUAUAGUCUCAAUCUUUACUAACAGUUAUAAGGUGUAUAUUGCAAUUAAAGCCACAUUUCUUGGCCAUCAAGGAGUGGGUCCACCAAGCAUUGGAGCAAUAUGAUCCAUUCCAGUACAGUUUCACAUGCAUAUAACACUUGAAUUAUAUGAUAUUUCUGUGGUGCUCAAGGGAUGACAUUUCAUGAGAGCAACAGUACUUUUUUAUACAUGAUUUAAAGCUAUACAUACAGUACAUUCGGAAAGUAUUCAUACCCCUUGACUUUUUCCACAUUUUGUUAC